AUGGGCGGGGGCCUCGAUACGGGAUCGACUGACAGCGGAAGUGGCGGCACGCAGUCCGGCGACGAGCUGCUGGAGGGUGAGUUGAAAGUGCCGCCCGGGGGCAAGUCGGGCCGUGUUGUGGCGAGAUCCUCGCGAUGUCGGGAUUCCGAAUGGCCGAUCGCCCAAAAGACGCUGCGGGUGGCGGUGGAGGGGGCCGCAGCGGGCGCAGGGACAAGGUGUCGCGGUGGUCAGGCAGAACCUCUCAUCAAGCGAAACGCCGCAGAAAGGAAAAGAAUCUGA